AUGCCUGGGCUGUGCCUGGGGCCCCUCACCUUCGUCGCUCCGAUCUGCUCCAACGCAGAUGCUGCAGUCUGGCUCUCGCUGUUCUGGUCGAUGAACUUGUGCGCCGUGCCGUCGCGCCCCAUGGCGAUGCUCGUGCUGUUCCGCUGCCUGGAGUGGCGCCCGCAGCCCAUCGUGCAGCUCGCGACGUCCAACCGCAUUGAGCUGUCGACCGCGGGCGGGGUAUAUGCUGUGACUACGAGCGCCGACACUGGGAUCGAUUGGCUGGCCCUGCCGCCCAUGCUCACCCCGACGGUAAUUGUUUUGCCUGAUGCCGCCGCUGGUGGCGCACAACGCCCUCCCGCUGAACGAGUCCCGCAUCGCGCUGCCGUUGGUGGCGAACGUCUCCGUCCUGAAGAUCCCGUCCUGCACGAUGCUGCUAGUGGUGGCGACGGAUUGGCUGACGCAGCCCAUCCUGCACAUCCCGAAGAAGCUCUGCUUGCUGAUGCACGCGCCGUUCCGCCGCCUAGCGCGGCUGCCGCUGCGCAUGAGGCCCCUGAGGCCACCCGCCCAUCUCGCCUUGAGCCCACCGUCUGGCUCACGCCACCCAGCUCUUCCCCGUCUUGGUGCCCUUCGCUUCGCUCGUCUCCUGCCCGUCCUCCCACCGUCGCUCCUGCUACCGAUCAGUGCUUUUCCGGUUUCCCGAGUGUUGGCAUCAAAGUGCGCCCGAAUGCAGCGGCCAGCGCGGCCGCAUGUUACAGCGCAGCAGAGUAUUGGGCGUAG